CCUCCCUCCCUCCCUCUCUCUGACUAUUAAGUUAUUUGCUCAUAAAUUUCUACUUCUCUAGAUUCUAGAGAGAGAAAGGCAAGCAAUAGAGAAACUAGGUUGUUUUUCAUGACAUGGAAUCGCUCUCAAGUCAUUCCUCGAUCCCUUCUUUCAGUAGUCUAACUUGGAAGUUCGUGGGUAGCAGCCCGGACAUUAAAAAUUCUAAUCUCUUUAUCCACAGAAGAUCUGGAAUUUUAUUUUCUGGGACGAAACUCUCUUGCUCUUUACGAAUAUCCAAUCAAAACAGUGAUACAACCAAAAAUCUCUAUCAGAAAGAAGGCCUCAAAUUACUGGGUUUUCUCCAAGGAAUCCGGAACUUAUCUACUCCUAAAGCUGCAGAUAAUUGCCAUUACCAUGCGACUGAUGGAAGUGUGGGGCUACGAACUAUCCCACAGAAAUCUGACGAGGUCUCAAAGAUCUGGAUUCCAGGCUUGCCCAAUGAAUCCGAUGGCAGUAAUGGUUCUCCAAUUAAUAGCGGUUUUUGGGAAUGGAAACCAAAUUUAACAGUUCAUUAUGAAAAAUCUGGGGUCAAAAAGGUUGGUGCACCAAAUGUUCUAUUUCUUCCCGGUUUUGGGGUUGGGACUUUUCAUUAUGAGAAGCAAUUGAAAGAUCUCGGCCGUGAGUAUAAGGUUUGGACGUUGGAUUUCUUAGGACAAGGAAUGUCGUUGCCUUCAGAAGAUCCUACUCCAUUGAAUAUGCAGAGAAGCAGCUCCGAAGAUAGAGAGAUGGUGUGGGGGUUUGGAGAUGAAUCUCAGCCGUGGGCGAAUGAGUUGGCUUAUUCCAUUGAUUUGUGGCAAGAGCAAGUUCAGGAUUUUGUUGAGCAGGUUAUUGGUGAACCUGUUUAUGUUGUGGGCAACUCACUUGGUGGCUAUGUCGCUCUAUACUUUGCAGCGUGUAAACCUGAGCUCGUGAAAGGAGUUACAUUGCUUAAUGCAACACCAUUUUGGGGAUUCCUUCCUAAUCCUAUCAGGUCGCCAAGGUUGGCCAAAAUUUUUCCAUGGGCUGGCACAUUUCCUCUACCUUCAAAUGUUAAAAAGCUCACCCAGCUCGUAUGGCAUAAAAUAAGCGACCCUAGUAGCAUAGAGGAGAUACUGAGACAAGUAUAUGCUGAUCAUUCAACAAAGGUUGACAAAGUUUUCUCCCGCAUCAUCGAGACAACUCAACACCCUGCAGCAGCUGCAUCUUUUGCUUCCAUUAUGUUUUCUCCCAAAGGCGAGCUCUCCUUCCAGGAAGCUCUGAAUAGGUGUCAACUGCAAAAUAUUCCCAUCUGUCUCAUGUACGGUAAAGAGGACCCUUGGGUUAGGCCUGUUUGGGGCAUGAAAGUGAAACAACAAUUUCCAGAAGCACCAUAUUAUGAGAUUAGUCCUGCAGGUCACUGCCCUCAUGAUGAGGUUCCUGAGAAACUGCAGCAGGAAAAAGAUGCACGAUGAUUUUGGAAGCAUAUUUAUGAGCAUUUGAUGUUAUGAUGGAGCUAAUAAAGCUUAUGUGCAUUUGAUGUUAUGAUGGAUCUAAUAAGCUUAGGCACAAUACCUGAACCUGGGAACCCCUCUAGUAUGUAUUUGUUGCUCUAGCUGAUGUGGGGCCAAACCAAUCUAGUACCAGACAUUUGUAUCCUCAAAUGGAUGCAAGUCACUCGAAAUAAGUUAAUACAUUCAUGACAGUUUCUAGAUAAGACUGUUAAGUAUAAUUUGAUAGUUUCAGACGAUGUUAAUUUUUGCCCAAAAUCAGAGGACAAUUUAGUCUAUUUACAGCUAAAACGAGAGCGAAAGGUAAUUUUUCGUUACAUGAUUCUCAUGUGACAUAUCAACCUAGCUUGGAAAAUCAUGCCAUCUGGUGUUCAACAGGUGUAAGUUCUAGAGCAUGUUUUCUAACUUGGUCAAAGUGGAUUAUAAACCACUUUUUGGGUUAUAUAUAUUUUUGCAUGUUUAGUAACGACAUGGUGAGUGGAUUAUUAUGGAUAGUAAUCCACCAAAAAAUAACCAAGGAUUCAAUAAAAAACAUCCGAGGAUUCCUUUUUUAGUUUGAAUUUAACCCAUGCGUUUGACCAAGAAAAUGACAGAAAAAACACGUCACUUUUUCAUGUUUUUCUCUUCUCGCCUCUGGCUUCUAAGAUUUUUUUUUUUUUUGUCAUUUUAUCGAAAGGCACAUAGAUUAUAAAUCACUCUUUUUACCAAACGCCUAGAAUUUUAAUCCAUUUGGGUUAUAAUCUACCAAUGGAUUAUGUAACCACAUAAAUUUUAAGCUAGGAUUGCCAAACAUGCUUUUAGUAAGUAGUUUAGAGGUGUGUAAAUGGCUGCCUCCUCACAGUUCAUGGGCUAUAAAUGCAAUUAACCCCAUCUUUUUUACUUCUUUAGUCAUGCUUGUACUUGCAACUACAUACAUUAUCUCUCACGCUACACGUUUUAUUUGAUUACAGAUGGUAACAAUUUCGGAGUUGAGGAUCGUUUAGGAGCAAAUUACUGAAAAAUUCUUCGG